AGAAGGAAGCCGGGGAGCGUACUUGUUUGAAAUUGAAAAGUGCCGCGAUAGCGUUUGAUAAAGAAUAACAUCAGCAGCUGCAUUAUAAGUGGGAUGCACUGUUUAGCGCUACAUCCCGAGAGGUUCGUGCUGAUUGUACGGAGAUUGUGAAAGCCGGUUAAAUGGCUUCCUUGAGAAAGCAAGAACAAUAUAAUGUCAGGGGAAGUGCAGUAUUAUCAUAAGGAGACGUAUACUUGGAAUACGGAGGAGUAGUGGAGGGAAAGAGAGAGGCAGAGGAGGUCUACGAGAGAGAGGGGGGGGAAGAUGGUGAGCUUGAGUCGGUUAAAAUAGCCGGGAAAAAGGGAGAUGGUUUAUUAAAGAAAAUGGUAGCAAUUGUAAGCAGAGUGAGAGGAAGACCGGAGGAUAACGUUACAUGGAAAUUAAUGAGGGCGAAGUAUUGGAGGUGGUAGGUGUGGUAAAGUUCUCGGAGCCAGAGGCUUGCACCGAGGGUCAGGAUAAAGCUGAGUAUGUGAUAGUAGGAGUGACGUUUUUGGAGAAAGUGGACCCUUGCUUUUUGGCUGAUCCAUUUGUGGUUUCAGGGUGGGUGAAAACAUAGUUGGGUGCUGUGGAAUAAGUGAGGGUAACCAUCUUGUGAUAAUUGUAUGUUUGCUGGUCAGAGGGAGAAGGCGCUCGGUGUAAAACGAAUGGGGGCAAUAAAUGUGAAUUGUUUUGCUCUCAAGAAAAGGGCGCCUUUGAAAGGAGCGAUUACUGGGGUAGUAAAAGUUGACCAACUGAAGGGGAAGAUUCCUGGUGUUUGCGAUGCUUGUCUUUUGGUGCGACACAGACGGUGGUGAAACAGAAGUCCUUAUCUGUUCUUUUGAGUUUUGAUGUUGAGUCUGCCUGACAAAGUGAUGUUAGGAUAUAUAAGUUAUCCCGUAAGAGUUUUUGUACCGAAAAGAUUACGUUAUUACAGGUGUCAAGCUUAUGGGCAUAUGGCAGCAGUGUGUAGGAGGGAGGUUCCUAGGUGUGAUAAGUGUGCUGAAGGGCAUGAGACAAAGGAAUGUGUAGCAUUGGAGAAAGUAGUGGUAUGUGUUAAUUGUAUGGGUGCCCAUGGGGCAGGGGAUCAGAAAUGUCAUAUGCGAGAGAGGCAGGUUGAGGUUUGCAGGAUUUAGAGUAGUGCAUAAAUUGUCAUGUGCUGAGGCAGUGAAGAUGGGUCAAGGGGGAGGGAUCCUGAGAGGGGUGGUGUGAGUAGUAGAUAUGUACCAGUAAAGAGGGUUAGGCCAACAAGAGAUAUGUUUCAGUAAGAGUGGAUUUUUAGCAUUUAUAGCAAUGUUUAUCAACUAUACUGCAGGGAUGGAACGUAAAUCGCAGAAAACUGAGGUUGUGGUGAUAGCUGCAGAAAGGUAUUUGGAUGUGCGAGACUUGACAUCCGAAGAGUUACAGGGUGUGUUAAGUGGUGAUGUCCCAUCCUUUCAGGUUGUUGGCAUUAUAUUUUUUAUUUAACCUUUAACAAGGCGAGUCAGUUAAGAACACAUUCUUAUUUACAAUUGCGUCCUACCCCAGCGGCGCUGGACCAAUUGUGCGCCGCCCUAUGGGACUCCCAAUCACGGCUGGAUGUGAUUCGGCCUGGAUUCUAAUUAGGGAUGGACGUCAGCAGUCACAAGACCACUACAGAGUAAAUCACUCUGGCUCGCUCCCCCAGUCGCAGAUGUGUAUAAUAUGGGCUGUUCUACAGGCACGAUGGCUAUGACAAACUUGGAGUUCUCUUGGGAUCUGGAUGUGUGAUCGCCGUCGAAUUACGGCACUGUCGUCACUAAAUUUGAAAGAACUCUUCAGACUAAAGAAUACACGUCUCGUCUGGGGGCGUUAUCAUAUCAGCUCGUGCGUGGCUAAUGUUAUUGUAAGGCUAUCUAGCUGACUAGUCCAAGCAUCACCGUAGAAAGCUAGCAAGACAAUAUUGUGUGGUUACAUCGGCGCUAAACUAGCUAGCUUGGCGCUUUAGUAGGAGCUGGUGUGUAUGUGAUGUUCUCGGUACUUUCGUACGGUAGACUUGUUGCCAGAGCUGUUAUUGGCGGACUCUCUCAAACGGAUAGCGGUGACUACAGCCUGGUAACGGCAAGAUGCGGUUUUGGGAAGGAUUUUCGAAAAGGUAUCUUGAAGAAAGGGAUGUGCUAUGGCGACGACGCUUGCUUUAUUGCCCGACAUAGAUCUGCCGAUGUUUUGGGUGUUGCAGAUGGAGUGGGGGGUUGGAGAGACUACGGGGUGGACCCAUCACAGUUUUCAGGGACCCUGAUGAAGACGUGUGAGCGGCUGGUAAAGGAGGGACGCUUUGUUCCAAGCAACCCUGUGGGCGUCCUCACAAGCAGCUACUACGAGCUCCUACAGAACAAAGUGCCUCUGCUAGGCAGCAGCACGGCCUGUAUUGUGGUGCUGGACCGGCAGAGUCACAGGCUGCACACAGCCAACCUGGGAGACUCUGGCUUCCUGGUGGUGCGGGGAGGAGAGGUAGUGCACCGCUCCGAUGAACAGCAGCAUUACUUCAACACCCCCUUCCAGCUCUCUAUCGCCCCGCCUGAGGCAGAGGGGGCUGUGCUCAGUGACAGUCCUGAUGCUGCUGACAGCUCCUCCUUUGACGUCCAGUUGGGGGACAUCAUUCUCACAGCCACAGAUGGCCUCUUCGACAACAUGCCCGAACACAUGAUCCUACAGGAGCUGAAAAAACUCGAGAACACCAACUAUGAGAGUAUCCAGCAGGCAGCCAGGAGCAUUGCAGAGCAGGCCCAUGUUCUGGCAUACGACCCCAACUACAUGUCACCUUUCGCACAGUUUGCCUGUGACAAUGGACUGAAUGUAAGAGGAGGAAAGCCAGAUGACAUCACUGUGUUGCUGUCAAUAGUGGCAGAGUACACAGACUAGAGACUGUAUGGUGACUAUGAGGGGAAUUAGGAGUUUCCUCUUGUCUGCCUCUUGAAGAUGUCAGACUGCUUUGGUUCCUGCUGGUGGGGAUUAAGGACUGAUGUUGGUGGCUGAGCUUCCCUCCUGAGACCAUUCCUCCAGGAUUCAAUCAGGCCCAUCUCUCAGAUGGAACACUGACAAUACAUGCACUGACUUCACCAUCAGAACUGAGUGUUAAUCUUUAAUAGCCUGAAGACAUGGAUGAAUAAAGCAGAGGGUUGUCUGACACAUCUGCUAGGCUACCUGCUGCAAAGUAUCUAUCUUGGAAAGUCUCUAGUUGUCUUUGACCUAAUCCCUGUUCAGUGGGAUAAAGGAUGUAGAAGUGUUGAAGAUGAAGCUCUCACAUGAGGAAUAAGUCUUAUUUUGGGCUGUAAAACAAAGCCCAGAAGGUAGAGAUUAAGAAACGGGGUCAGUAGUAGCCGGUUAAAAGUUGAUUGGAUACAGUAAGUAACAUCAGAAUACUAUACUGAAAGAGAGCGGCUCUCCAGUUAGACUGGUCCGUGACUCGCUGACCCCUGUCCCGGGUUAGAGGAAUAAGGCAACCUCAGAGUUAUCCACAAUAGAGAACUUUAGUUCAAGAGGACAUGAGAUGGAUGUGGUUCUGUACAGAGAAGAGAGAUGAAUGAAUAUACUGUAAAUAAUAAACAUUGCAUGAGAAUAAAAGGAGUAAUAGCACAAGCAAUAAUAAUAUUGACUGUAUAAUGAGAUGGUGACAUAAGCAAAGGACUUGUAUAACACAAAGAAUCCACUACUAUUAACAAACAGUAAAUCUUCAAGGUUCAAUAUCACUCACCACUGUCCACGCACUCAUCACUCUUGUCCACUUGGAGAGACUGAGGAGGCUCUGAGCUGAGCAGGCAGGACUGUCAGGUGUCUUGCCCUCUAGCAACAUAUUGGUGAUCUAGUAGCAGAGGUCACUGGGUUUGGGGAUCCCUUAGUCUCUCUGGCACCAGCAGGGAUUGGUAGAGUGAGCUGCAUAAAGUUAUAAAACUCACAGGCAGGAGAAUCCUUAAGAUAUACCAUCAAGUCUGAAUAAUAAGGCCUUGAAAAACAUCACUUUCACUGACUCAGAUUAAGGGUGCCGUCUUUCGGAUGGGACGUUAAACGGGUGUCCUGACUCUGAGGUCAUUAAAGAUCCCAUGGCACUUAUCGUAAGAGUAGGGGUGUUAACCCCGGUGUCCUGGCUAAAUUCCCAAUCUGGCCCUCAAACCAUCAUGGUCACCUAAUAAUCCCCAGUUUACAAUUGGCUCAUUCAUCCCCCUCCUCUCCCCUGUAACUAUUCCCCAGGUCGUUGCUGCAAAUGAGAACGUGUUCUCAGUCAACUUACCUGGUAAAAUAACGGUAAAAAAAAAAAAAAAAAUCAAAUUAAUAAAAAAUGAUAUUGAAGGGCAAAUAUUUUUAUGUAGGCAUAAGGACAUGUGUCUGUGAUGUGAAUGAAUGUUGUUGAAAUGUUUUGGUAGAUUAUUGGACAAGUGACUGAUAUUUUAAGUUGUUUGAUCUAAGGGGUUGUAUGAAGACCAGUCAGUUUCUGACUGUUCACGAAGUGCUACUUUGUCCCAGGCCUGCUGUUUUAAACUCUUUUUCUCACUCUCAACCUCUGAAUGCUCUGCUAUGAAAAGCCAACUGAUAUUUACUCACAGGGUGUUAUACUGUUGUACCUUUUAUAACCAAAGUGGUUAUCUGACUCUGCUGGUCAUCUAUGACCGUUUAAACGUCUUUAAGAACGAUCUAGCAUUAAUGGCCAUGUACGGUUAUAAUCGACACCCAGCAGAGCCUGGUUCCUCUAGGUGGUUCCUGCCUUUCUAGAGAGUUUUUCCUAGCCACUGUGCUUCUACAUCUGCAUUGCUUGCUCUUUGGGGUUUUAGGCUGGGAAUCUGUAUAGCACUUUGUGACGACUGCUCUUGCAAAAUGGGCUUUAUAAAAUACAUUUGAGUGCAGUUUAGGUUGUACAUGGACCAAGUUAAUUGUUUCUAAGGAUGGGACAUUUUGACUUGAUGUUUCUGUUAAACAUAUCAAAUUUGAUUUGUCACAUACACAUGGUUAGCAGAUGUUAAUGCGAGUGUAGCGAAAUGCUUGUGCAUAGUUUCCUAGGAACGCGAAGCGAGGCGGCCAUUUCUGUCGGCGCCGGAAGUACUCACUCCUGCUGUGAUGCAAAGGGUGUGAGUGUGACUGCAAGUGAUGUGGAAGGUUAUUAUGUGUGAUAGAGUAACCUCUAGUCUGUCUGCUUUUAUAUUGUAUACAUGUGGAAUGGAUGUUUUUUUUUUAAAUCUAGGCUACACAGCUUUCUUCAGUAUCCACUGGGAUGCAAUGGUAAUGACCAUUUACGCACAAGGUUAAAGAAAGCAUAUCUGAAAGCUCACAGUGGAUGUUGGUCAGGUGACCAUGUUUUUUUACUUGUUUGGUGGGAAUCUGGACUGCGCACAGCUUCAAUUUAGCUUUAGGCAUAAUUGUUCACAAUCAGCAUUUCCUUGUCUCAUCAGUUGUCCCUGCUGUAAAGCUCCAAUAGCACAUUUCAUUAAGUGAUAAUAAUCAGGUCACUUUUAUUUCAUUUUUCAUUGUUGCUGCAGACAAAUGCACUGUGCAUUUACAACAUUACUUGUGUGCAACAUUUUAAGAGUAACAUGUACUAUGCACAUGUUGAUUUAAACAGCUAAUGAACACAGAGCAGAAACUGACAAGUAGCCAUAUGAUUCACACUUUUCCCAUCAUGCCCUGCUGUCUUAAUAAUUAUUUUACGCCAUCUGAUUGGAGACCUCUAAUUCCCUUUCAAUGUGUUCAAUGCUUUUCGACCUGGGACAUAUGUGAAAAAAAUAAAAAAAAUAGCUUAAUUAAGGGUUGAAAAAGCAUGACAUGAUCUUAGAAUCCUUCAUAUUCUGUGUAUCAUCUGAGGUACCCUUGGUGUUGUUCUUGUUGAUGUAAUGGUGCACCCUCACUGAAGGCUACUGUCCUGCUUCAAGGGCUCUCCCCUAACUAGGAAACUAAUAUUGAUUCUGGUACAGACUGGCUAUCAGGUGUUUCAUCAUUUAAAAAAUUACCAAAAGCACUUAACAAUACCUUGAAAGGCAUCUGCACUGGAUGACACAAAUGUUUUUGUAAGCAUUAUGGCACUAGAGGUUGCCAAUAACCUCACCAACCUUAAAGUACAAGCAAUCCUCCCUGUCAGAUGGCACUAUAUCAAAGCUAGCUUCCCCAUGAUGUCCAUGUCUGGCUCUCCACUGGCCUAAUGCCCUGACCAGACAGUUUUGUUCUGUUGGCCAAUUCUAGACUUCAGUUCAAAAAGCAAAGUUUGUUACAAUGAGAGCUGCUUGUAUCUUUAUUUUGAUUGUAGAGUUCAACAAUGCAGAGGCAGUUUCUAUUAAACAUGUUUUCAAAGAUGUCAUACUUAAAUAAAGAGUAUAGUAUUUA